GCAGGGGACGCUGUGAUAUGUUGUACGUGUGGGAAGGCGACGAUGAGGUGGAGUUUUCCCUGAGUGUUCAUCUGACAUGGGGGUCGGGCUCCGGCGUUAACAGAAGAAGCAGUAUCUGCUCCUGACACGGAGCGGGUCUAUGCGGUUGAAAUAUGAUGGGAAGCCAGUUUAAUAUCAGGAGCUGGACCAGCAAGCACGUGGCCAAGUGGCUAAAGGAGGAAGGCUUCAGUGAAUAUGUUGAUCUUCUUUGUAAUAAGCACAGACUAGAUGGUAUUGCCUUGUUAACUUUGACUGAAUAUGAUUUACGCUGCCCACCUUUAGAACUGAAAGUGUUGGGUGAUAUUAAAAGGCUUCUGGUAUCCAUUCGGAAGCUACAAAAGCAGCACAAAGACAUCUUGGCAGAGAUGGGCUACGCCAGUGAUGAAUGCCUUGCUGGUACUGUUGCACAUGCUGGUAAUUCAUCACAAAGCAGAGACUGUCACUGUAAUGGUGUGGAUCACUCCAGGGACUCUGUUGUUUCUGGUGGAGACUUAAGGGCUGAACAAUAUCAGAAUGGCAAAUACUUCAAAUAUCAAACACGAAGACUUGACCCAGAGUUUUGGAAGACAGCUCUGAGUUCUGUUUAUGUAUUCAUAGUCUUUGGGUUUACAUCGAUUGUCAUGGUAGUAGUUCAUGAACGUGUGCCUGACAUGCAAACAUAUCCACCCCUACCAGACAUAUUCCUGGAUAGUGUCCCUAGAAUACCCUGGGCUUUCGCAAUGGCUGAAGUCUGUGGUGUUGUGCUCUGCAGCAUUUGGUUGUUGCUGUUGCUGCUUCAUAAGCAUCGGUCUAUCCUAUUUCGUCGCAUGUGUAGCCUGAUGGGAACAGUGUUUCUAUUGCGUUGUGUUACUAUGUUUGUUACCUCACUUUCUGUGCCUGGCCAUCAUCUGCAGUGUUCUGGAAAAUUGUAUGGAGAUGUAUGGGCCAAGUUUCAACGAGCACUUGCAAUUUGGAGUGGUUUUGGAAUGACUCUAACAGGCGUGCAUACCUGUGGAGACUACAUGUUCAGUGGGCACACAGUUGUUAUUACCAUGCUUAACUUCUUUGUCACAGAAUAUACUCCAAGAAGCUGGAACUUCUUACACACCUUGUCUUGGGUGUUGAACCUGUUUGGGAUCUUCUUUAUCCUUGCUGCACAUGAACAUUAUUCAAUUGAUGUCUUCAUCGCAUUUUAUAUUACCACAAGACUCUUUUUGUAUUACCAUACACUAGCCAACACUCGAGCCUAUCAGCAAAGCCGAAGAGCACGGAUUUGGUUCCCAAUGUUUUCAUUCUUUGAAUGUAAUGUCAAUGGCCCUGUACCAAAUGAAUAUAGCUGGCCACUUUCUAGACCGAGAUUAUUGAAAUCCCUAAUAGGAUAAGUCGUAGUCAACACGAAUGAGUUAUCUUACAUUUGUUGGGAAAAGACAUUAUUAAUGGAGCAAUAGUUGGUUUUACACCCAAGAUUAGUACAAUGGCUUGUGUCAAGCCAGGUGCAAACAUAAAGGGGAAAGGAGACUUUGAUACAAAUUAGUUGGUGGUUAGGUUGAUUCAUGAUUAGUCCACUAAAUUGGAAAUAUACUUUCUCUCCCCAAAUAAGUCAAAGUGUCUUAAUUUGGGAAUUUUUGUUCCAUUUGGUGGCCUUAUGCAGUGUGUGUGUUUUGAACAGGCAAGCAUUUCACCCAGGAGCGACAGCGUGCCUGAUGGACCACCAAGUUUCCAGCCUUGGCUAUGAUAACGAAAAAGCAGUGGGAAUCCCAUAGAGUAAGGCUACAAGGAAAGAAAGUUGUUAACCUGCAGAGGAAGGUUAACUUUUUUAAGUCGGUGAGACUCUGGGAUUUUUCAGAGAGUAUUUGAAAGAAUUUUUCAUAGUGGCAAGUUUUUUAAGAGUAUUUCCUUUCAAAAAUAUGGAGUUUUUUUUUCUUCCUGAUGUUUUAUUUCCGGGAAAUGUGCUUUCAUACUUACUAAAGGAAACACUACAAAAACCUAACAGAAACCUGGGGAAAAAAAAGCCAAUGGAAGUGUCUUCAUUAUGUGGUAUAAUCAGUAUCCUCUUGAAUAUCACAUGGGCAUUCAACCAAAAAUUACUCAAAGUGUCUGUUCUUCAAGCAAUAAAAAAUAUUUUGUUCAAUUCUAUCCCUUUGUGGGAUAUAUAUAGGUCUUAAUCAUUUUUUGUUUUGAGGUGUUUACCUGUUAGCUGUAGCUUCACUUCAUCUCUUUACAGACCUCAAAUCUUACUUACAGUAUUAGUAGUGUAACGUAACUCCUGGAAAUUAGUCCUCACAAUGCAUGUGUAGACGAAAACUCAAAGAACCACUUAUAAUCUCUUUACAUAGCAUUUACUAGAAUACACUAUUUGCAAUGGAUAAUUAUUUGAAUGAUUAAGAUAUAAUUAGGCACAACUCUAAAAAGUUAAGUAGUUCUUAAUUUUUAAAUGGUACUUAGCAUUGAUACUGUUGGCAGAAUUUACUUCUGGUCGGUAGAAUCUCUACUGUAAUUUUGUAGGUAUUGUGAUGGUCUUAGUCUUCAGUGGCCUGUCAUGAGAACCUUUUACAUAUUGACUUGGUUUAUUUUGCCUGGGUUUAAUAGCUUUCGUGGACUCAUACCUUGGUGGUUAUAAGGCACCAGGCACACAUUACUGAUCUAAAAAUGGAUGAAUAUAUUUUGACAGUUGUGUAAAGAAAUUAACAUAGCACUACAGUUUUAGUUUCCUUCAAUUAGCCAUUAUCAACAUUUAAUUGAAACAGACUGAAUUAUAAUGUAUAUCUUAAGCAGAAUUCCACUGUAUUUCAAUGCAAAUAAUUACCCUCUGAUAAUUAAUGUGGGAGGGUUUUCCUGCUGUUAAGUUUACAGGUUUAAACAUAAGAAGGGGCUGACAUUUUAUAUAUUUGUCAGAUUCUUUUUAUUACUUUUAGAUUUUGUUUUUGAAGCGUGUGUAUGUCUCUUGGUGCUGAUCAUUAUUUUGUUGGAAACGGAAUGGCAUUAGCAAUGCAAAUGACCAGUUAAAACCUUUUUUUGCGGGAUCUGCUCAUCAUUGGCUCUGCAGUUCCUUGAAGUGUUUUGUUCCAUAGUUUAAAAUCACAAUCAGUUUGAAAUAUUCUAAUUUAUGUCUUGUAUUGGGUAAUGACUAAAAUCAAUGUUAGUUGACAUUGAGACAACACUUGCCAAUUUUAGUUUGUUACUUGAAGUGUUUUGCAAUUCAUAUAUUCAAAUAUUCAUUCUCCAAAUUGUUGCCAAAAGUUUACCACUGCCUGGUUAAAUAUAGGUGUCUCUCAGAGUAAUGUGUUACCUUUGUAUUAAACAACAUCGGCAAGUUCAGAAUUGGCUGCUUUUGUCUGGAGCAUAUGUCAGUUACCUAGGUAUUAAACUGAAAAGCAAAGCAUUUCCCUGCAUGUGAUUAAUUGUAUAAGUCUUCUAUAUAUAAAAAUAACCUGUAGCACUGAAUCUGAAUGAGGUGACUGUACCAUGCUCACAACUAGUUGUCAGUAAUUGAUUGUUUACAUUCCAUUCCUUUUGAUUGAUAGCUGUCUAAUGAUGCAAGUUCAAUUCUACUCCACUUUAAUGUUAGUUCCCUGAACUGUGUGUGUUACAAAUCUUUAUAGCAGAUCUAACAGAAUUUUAGCUUUAGAAUGAUGAAAUAUAUAUAAAUGAAUGUUUUUGCAUGCACUGAAAACUUUUUGAAAAAUUAAUAUUCUUGAAGGCAACUGACAUAAAAAGGCAAAUUUUUAAUAAAUGGUUGUGUUAUCAUAUGGCUAUACUAACAAAAAUUGUCUGUGGUCAUCCACAAACCCUGCUAAAUAUUUUUGAUAUUGAAUGUUAUUUUCCUGGUCUUCCUGAGUCAACAGUUUCAGUUUCCAAGUUAAAUUCAAAAAUGAU